AUGGUAUUCGAGUCAUUCGGACUCAAUCUGCGCGAAAUUGUGAGGCGUUUCGGCAAAGAAGUGGGGUUGAAUUUGCAGGCUGUUAAGACGUAUGCAAAGCAAAUGUUUAUGGCAUUGAUUCUUUUGCGCAAGGAGAAUAUCAUUCAUGCAGACAUCAAACCGGAUAAUAUCCUCGUGAAUGAAGCAAAGACGGUUGCGAAAUUGGCCGACUUGGGCUCUGCGUCAAGUACAACAGAAAUGGAGAUCACUCCAUACUUGGUGAGUCGAUUUUACCGAGCGCCGGAGAUCAUUCUUGGGCAGCCCUAUGGAUGUGAAAUAGAUAUGUGGUCCAUGGGAUGCACGAUCUAUGAGCUGGCGACAGGGAAAAUUUUAUUCCCCGGUAAAACAAACAACCACAUGUUGCUGUUAAUGCAACAGCUACGUGGCAAGCCAUCUGCCAAACAAUUGAAAAAGUGUCAAUUUGCAACACAGCAUUUUGAGGACAAUAACACCUUUUUAAGCAUUGAGGUGGAUGCAACGACAGGCGAGCAAAUUGUCAAACGCGUUAAUACUAUGCACCCUACGCAUGAUAUGCGCUCGCGACUUCUUCCAGGUAAUACAGCGAAGCAUAUGCGUGCAGAUGAGCUCCGUCAGACCCAGCAACUGAUCGAUCUGCUGAAUCGCAUGCUGGAGCUCGAUCCUAUGAAACGGAUUACCCCACUCGAGGCGCUGCAGCACCCUUUUGAGGACCCGCGUGUGGCUGAGCGUUCCGCGGAAGAGGUGGAUGAGUUCCGUCGUGCCAAGGAAGUGACGCUACGUGGCGCCGACAUCCCGAAGCCUGUGACGUCGUUCGAGGAAGCUGGCUAUCCUGAUUAUAUCUUGCGAGAGAUCAACAAGCUUGGUUUCAAGGAGCCUUCGGCCAUCCAGUCGCAGGCGUGGCCCAUUGCGUUGAGUGGUCGUGACUUGGUGGCCAUUGCCGAGACGGGUUCGGGUAAGACCAUUGGUUUUGCCCUGCCAGGCUUUGUUCACAUCAAGGCGCAACCGCCGCUCAAGUACGGUGAUGGACCUGUGGCGCUGAUUCUGGCGCCUACGCGUGAGCUGGCUGUGCAGAUUCAGACAGAGUGCAACCGCUUUGCGCCUGCUUGCCGUAUGCGUACAGCGGCUGUGUAUGGUGGUGUGCCGAAGGGUCCGCAAAUUCGCGAUUUGCAGCGUGGUGCUGAGAUUGUGAUUGCGACGCCUGGUCGUCUGAUCGAUAUGCUGGAGAUUGGCAAGACCAACCUCCGUCGUGUGACCUACUUGGUCAUGGACGAGGCUGAUCGUAUGUUGGAUAUGGGCUUUGAGCCUCAGAUCCGCAAGAUUGUGGAGCAAGUGCGACCAGACCGUCAGACGCUCAUGUUCUCGGCGACAUGGCCCCGUGAAGUGCAGCGUCUAGCGUCGGACUUUUUGAACAAUUUUGUGCAGGUGAACAUUGGCUCAAUGGAGCUGGCUGCCAACCACAACGUGAAACAAGUGGUGGAAGUGUGCACAGAUUUUGACAAGCGUGGCCGUCUGAUCAAACAUUUGGACCAGAUCAGUCAAGAAAACGGCAAGGUGAUUAUCUUUACGGGGACCAAGCGUAUUGCGGACGACUUGACCAAGUACUUGCGUCAAGAUGGCUGGCCUGCGCUGGCGAUUCACGGUGACAAGCAGCAACAAGAACGUGACUGGGUGUUGGCGGAAUUCAAGUCGGGUCGCAGCCCGAUUAUGGUAGCGACGGCCGUGGCCUCGCGUGGUUUGGAUGUCAAGGACAUUAGCUACGUCAUCAACUAUGAUUUCCCCACCAACACGGAGGACUAUAUUCACCAAAUUGGUCGUACGGGUCGUGCAGGCCGCAAGGGUGUGGCCAUCACAUUCUUUACCUCGGAGAACUCCAAGUCGGCGCGCGACCUUGUCGGCAUUUUGCGUGAGGCCAACCAGGAAAUUCCGCAGGAGCUCCAAGAUAUGGUUCGCCCCAUGGGUGGUGGUGGCCGUGGCGGCCGCGGCUAUGGUGGCCGCGGUGGCCGUGGUCGUGGCUAUGGCCGUGGCCGCUUCGGUGGCGGUCCACGCAGCUCUGGUGCGAACAACAUCAACGUGGGCGGCGGCAGCUCGCGUUGGUAA